AUGCCUCCGUCCACCAUGCCUCCGUCCACUUGGGAGAUGCCUCCGCCCACUUGGGCGGAGGCAUUUCUCCUUAUCUCCAUCCAAGCUUCUUUAAACUUGCCCAAUCCUAAAUACGCAGCACCUCUUUUUCGUCCCCUUGAAACCCUGGAACCCAAAUACAAUUGCGUCACAUCUACGUACUUCCUGCAACCCGCCUCUCCUUUAUUCUCUCCACUUCCAUAUCUAUACAAUUUUUUUUUUCAUUACUCGGACAAAGGCAACAGAGAGAUGUCGGAUCAAAAGUUGACGCGUAUUGCCAUAGUGAGCUCCGACAAGUGCAGGCCGAAAAAGUGCCGUCAGGAGUGUAAAAAGUCAUGCCCUGUUGUCAAAACUGGUAAACUUUGCAUUGAGGUUACUUCUACCUCCCAAAUCGCAUUCAUCUCGGAGGAGUUGUGCAUUGGAUGUGGUAUCUGUGUUAAGAAAUGCCCAUUUGAAGCCAUCCAGAUCAUCAAUCUACCGAAAGACUUGGAUAAAGAUACUACCCAUCGUUAUGGUCCUAACUCCUUUAAAUUGCACAGGUUACCUGUCCCAAGACCUGGACAAGUACUUGGAUUGGUUGGAACGAAUGGCAUUGGAAAAUCAACUGCUCUUAAAGUUUUGUCUGGAAAGUUGAAACCUAAUUUGGGGCGCUUCAAUAACCCUCCUGAUUGGCAAGAGAUCCUGACUUACUUCCGAGGAUCGGAGCUGCAGAAUUACUUUACUCGCAUGUUGGAAGAUAAUUUGAAGGCAGUUGUCAAGCCUCAGUACGUUGAUCACAUUCCAAAAGCCAUCCAAGGCAAUGUUGGCCAAGUGCUAGAACAAAAAGAUGAGAGAGAUAUGAAAGCAGAACUUUGUUUUGAUCUUGAGCUGAAUCAGGUUAUGGACCGUAAUGUAGAAGAUUUAUCUGGUGGUGAGCUUCAGAGGUUUGCUAUUGCUGUUGUCGCAAUACUGAAUGCCGAGAUUUAUAUGUUUGAUGAACCUUCGAGUUAUCUUGAUGUGAGACAGAGGCUUAAAGCUGCCCAAGUUAUCAGAUCUUUGCUCCGGGCUAAUAGCUAUGUAGUUGUCGUAGAGCAUGAUCUCAGUGUGCUGGAUUACUUAUCGGACUUCAUUUGCUGCCUUUAUGGCAAACCUGGUGCAUAUGGGGUUGUAACCCUUCCGUUCUCUGUCAGAGAAGGAAUUAAUAUAUUUUUGGCUGGGUUUGUCCCCACAGAAAAUCUAAGAUUUCGGGAUGAAUCUCUUACUUUUAAGGUUGCUGAGGCUCCACAAGAAAGUGCUGAGGAAAUCGAAUCAUAUGCACGAUAUAAAUAUCCAACAAUGAUUAAAACUCAGGGAAAUUUCAAACUUGAGGUUUUUGAGGGUGAAUUUACUGAUUCUCAGAUCAUUGUUAUGCUUGGUGAGAAUGGGACUGGAAAGACAACAUUUAUCCGUAUGCUGGCUGGUCUAUUGAAACCUGAUUCAGUAGAAGGCUCUGAUGUGGAGAUACCUGAGUUCAAUGUCUCUUACAAGCCACAGAAGAUCAGUCCAAAGUUUCGAAAUAGUGUCAGGCACCUGCUACAUCAAAAAAUUCGUGAUUCAUAUAUGCAUCCUCAGUUUGUGUCUGAUGUUAUGAAGCCACUCCAAAUUGAGCAGCUAAUGGAUCUAGAGGUUGUGAAUCUCUCUGGUGGAGAGUUGCAAAGAGUUGCCUUGACCCUAUGCCUUGGAAAGCCUGCUGACAUAUAUUUGAUAGAUGAGCCAAGUGCGUAUCUCGACUCGGAGCAGCGUAUAGUUGCUUCUAAAGUCAUAAAGAGAUUUAUACUUCAUGCAAAGAAAACUGCAUUUGUGGUCGAGCACGACUUCAUCAUGGCAACAUACCUGGCUGAUAGAGUGAUUGUGUUCGAGGGGAAACCAUCAGUAGACUGUACUGCCAAUUCACCCCAAUCAUUAUUGACUGGGAUGAACCUGUUCUUAUCUCAAUUGGACAUUACUUUUAGACGAGACCCAACAAAUUACCGCCCAAGAAUCAACAAACUGGAUUCAACCAAGGAUAGGGAGCAGAAGUCUGCUGGAUCUUAUUAUUACCUGGACGAUUAA